AGCCAAUCAGAGCGCAGUGACGCCGGCGCUGGGCGAGUUCGGUUGAGCCGAAAAUGGUGACAGCUCGCGCGUGCGGAUGAUGGCGGUAAAUAACAGCCGAAAGCGAGUGUAAAAAAACAAAACAAAAAACACGCAAAUAUUAACCGUGAUUUUACUCAUCAAACACAUUUACCGGCUGAUCCCUGGAGGACUCGCGCGGAGGGGCCGAUUAAAAGCUGAUCGGUGGGUUUUCAGUGUGAGUUUAUUCUGUAGCUGCGGCUCUUGCUGGUUUUUGUUCAACGGAUUUAAAGUAACAGAUCUCUCGCGCCGGUGUAAACACGCACACAAACGCACCGAUCAAGCGCCGGGAUCAGAACCUCCCGGAUCCGCCGCUACCGCGGAUUCCGCGUGUCUCCCGGCGGAGCGUCUUUUGUUCUUGUUUGUUCGGCAUUAUGAAGUCCUUUAAACUGUACAGCAGCAGGACACGUCCGCUCUGAUGCUGAAGCUCACCGUUUCUCACAGAUGAGUGCGGUCAUGGCGUGUGGUUCCUGACUCCGAGUGCUCAUGCGUGUUGGGAGACAUGGAUCGCUGUAAGCAUGUGGUGCGGUUCCGUUUGGGCCACGGCCACUCCAUCCUCAACCCGCAGAUGUGGCGCUGUGUGGACUGUGGCACCACGGAGUCGGUAUGGGCUUGUCUGAAGUGCUCUCAUGUAGCGUGUGGCCGCUACAUGGAAGAACACUCCCUGAGCCACUACCAGCAGACGCAGCACCCGCUGGCCAUGGACGUACGCGAACUGGACGUCUUCUGUUUUGCGUGCGGAGAUUACGUGUUGAACGAUAACGUUGAGGGUGACCUGAAGCUCCUCCGAGGGGCUCUAUCUACCGUCCGCAGCCCUGGCCAGCGCUCCCUGCGGUCAUCAACAGCAGAUGGCAGUCUUAGAGUGUGCGAGGUUGUGCGGGAUGGCGUGGGACCACGUCUGCCCAUGCAGACGGCGUUGUGGCACCGACGGAAAACUCUCCUCCAAAGUGCCCUGCGCCACUGGAGGAGCCGGCAGCAAGAGGAACAGAGGAAGCGUGAGGAGAAGCAGGAGCAAGAGCGGGAGGAGAAGCGACGACAACGCAGGGAGGUCAAGAAAAGGCUCAUGGGAGAACUAGCCAACGUCCCGCCGAGGAAAAGCGCGCGGCUGCUCACCCAGGCUCCACGUCCGACGCUCGCCCUCAUCCCUCGUAAGUUCCGUGACCCUCCGGAGAGAGUCCCUUCAGCUCCCAAACAGUCCCUGCUGUCGCUGUCCAACAAGCCACUUUCGCGCAAACCGCUCCGCAGCACCGGGAGGUUGCACCGAUAUCACGCCUCACAGUCGUCGCGGCGCAGGAAACUUGCACCCGGAGUCACGGGACUGCGCAACCUCGGGAACACGUGUUACAUGAACUCCAUCCUCCAGGUGCUGAGUCACUUGCAGAAGUUCCGGGAGUGUUUCCUCACACUGGACCUGUGUGAGACGGAGGAGCUGCUCGCCAAGACCAACCAGGGUGUGGUGGGCGGGACCGGGGCCUUCACUGCGCUGGGCCGCAUGGGGAGGGCGAGCGGAGGCGCCUCACUGGGCAGCAAACAGAACGUUCCGCCCAGUCUGAGCUCAGCGGAACUGGUGCAACCGAAAGAGCCGCGGUCCUCAUCUCGGCAGCAGAUGUCAUUGUGUCACGAGCUGCACACGCUCUUCAGGGUCAUGUGGUCGGGUCGGUGGUCGCUGGUGUCUCCGUUCGCCAUGCUGCAUUCCGUGUGGAACCUGAUUCCAGCGUUCCGUGGAUACGACCAGCAGGAUGCACAGGAGUUCUUGUGUGAGCUUCUGGAUAAAGUCCAGCAGGAACUGGAGUCGGACGGACCCAGGAAACACUUCCUGAUCCCCAUCACGCAGCGGAAACUGUCCAAACAAGUUCUCAAAGUGCUCAACACUAUCUUCCACGGACAGCUGCUCAGCCAGGUAACGUGUCUGUCCUGCAAGCGCAAGUCGAAUACGGUGGAGCCGUUCUGGGAUUUGUCUCUGGAGUUCCCAGAACGAUACCACCGGAUGGAGAAGCCCAGCGCUGCGACAUGUCAACAGAGCUGCUCCCUGUCAGAGAUGCUCGCCAAGUUCACGGAGACGGAAGCUUUGGAGGGCUGCAUUUACGCCUGCAACUUCUGCAACAGAAAGCGCCGUAAAUCGUCCCAUAAGCCCCUGUCUCUUUCAGAGGCCUGUAAGCAGUUACUCAUCUGCCGUUUACCUCAGGUGCUGCGGCUACACCUCAAACGCUUCCGGUGGUCCGGUCGGAACCACAGGGAGAAGAUCGGCGUCCACGUGGCUUUUGAUCAGGUCCUGAAUAUACAACCAUACUGCUGCUCGGACGCCGCUCCGAUGCAGCAGAGAGAAGCCUACACCUAUGACCUAUCUGCUGUAGUGAUGCAUCAUGGGAAAGGCUUUGGCUCAGGGCACUACACGGCCUACUGUUAUAACACUGAAGGAGGUUUCUGGGUUCACUGUAACGACUCUGAGAUGAACGUGUGCAGUGUGGAGGAGGUGUGCAGCACUCAGGCCUACAUCCUGUUCUACACGCAACGCUCCUCUUAGACCUGUCUGUCUCUCUAUCUCUGUCUCUCGCUUUCUUCUCUCUCUACCCAUUUCUCUCUGUCUCUCAUUGGAGGUCUGUUCCUGACAUCAGCAGUGAGACUCAGAGAUUGAUUGGUCUCUGCUGGCACAGUCACACUUUACCCAGGGCAUUCAGGACCAAACUACACUCUCCUGCAGGGUCCAGAACAGCAGGGACACACACACACAGAAAAACUCAAAUACUGAAGUCCCUCUGCUGUCGAAGAGAGAGACAGACGGACGCUCAUCCUGGAGACAGCAAUAUGAUCAUCACACACUCUGAAUCAGGAAUUCUUCACCUUUGAUACUGCGACUGUUUUCUACUCUCUUUCUAUUUGGGAUGAAAUUCAGGAAAACAGAGAAAGCCUCUUCAUUUACAUCAGUGGUAAAUGACUGAACAAUCUUAUGACGCUGAAUGUCUUUAGUUGUGUAUGUGUGUGAGUGUGUGUUGAGUGGAAGGGUGUGACUGCUGACCUCUGACCCUUGACCUUUGUCCUGUAUUGUGAGAGCACCUGUUAUCAACUUUAUUGAUCUUGUGGGAUCUUCCUGAUGAUAGUGAAUAAAGGAAAAAAUCAUGAAA